AUGUCUUUCGAAGAUGAAGCGAAAUGUAAGUGUUGUCUAAUGGACGACAAAACUAAGGGGCUGAGACUAUCAUUAUGUUUUGCCUUACUUGACUUUUUUGACGUCAAACUUCAUAGGUAGACAAUAAAGAGAGGUUUUCUAGCCUUUGGCCGCAACUAGACAUUUAACAAGGAAAUUGUCAAGAAAAAUUAGUAAAAUAAAUACUAAAUUUAUUGUUAUUGUUGGUAUUAGUACUAAAUAUUAGAAAAAAAGUGUCAAAAGAUGUACCUAAUGCACAGAAAUGUGAUAUAGGUCAAAAAAUUCUGAGAUCGUCCUGAUUUCAAAACUGUUUCAAAAAGUUGCUAAAUUUUACUAACCUUACAGUAAUAUGGCAACUUUUGAAGAACAAAUUCGGAUUCUUUUGAGCUGUAUCACAUGUCUGAGCGUUAGGUACAACUUUUGACACUUUUAUUGCAAUGGAUAGUAUUAAUAUACCGAACUUAAAACCCAUGUUUUUCAGCAACGCGCGUUAAGUACGAACUAAGUCGGAUUACAGACAGACAUACAGAGAUCUUCAAGGACACGUACAAGAUGAUCGGCCGUUCCAAGGGCCGGAACGGUACCAACAUUCUUGUUCGGUAAUUUUUAAAAAACUUGUCAUUCUUUAAGCUUCUACAAUUACAAAACAUUUGUCUUUAAAACUUUAUGCAGAUUAACAUAUCCCUUUAUGCAGAUUAACAUAAAACUAAUAACAAAAUUGGUCUUAAAAUGACUAUCAAAAUAAUUUUAUAGUAACCCCUAAUUAUGCUAUUAAAGCAACUUUUUAAAGACACUUCAAAAUCCUUAAAGCCACUUCUUAAAGCUUCAUAUGUGUUUCCAAAGAACAGCGUGCAAGAAAACGAACCUUUGCUAUCAACCCCAAUUACACGUCACUUCCUUAAGUUAAUAUGUCGUUUUGAGAUUUUCUUUACUUUAUCCGCCGCCACUAAUUCACUUUGACAACAAUUAGCCAUUGAAAAAACAUUAAUAACAGCCCAUUGGUCUAAUGUCUCGCCAAAAACAAGUCAGAUUAAAAAAAGAUGCUAUCUAGACAUUUUUUUGACAAAAUUAAUUGCAAGUCGAACAUAAACUAGCUACUAUUUCAUGUAAAAGGGCCGAGCCCAAUUUUUAGCCUCGUGCUAUUUAACAUAGACGCUUAUUUUCAAGCUAAUGAAUUUUGAGCCUAAACCAGACCUGUAAAGAGCCAUCGGCCAAAUUUACAGGCCCGGUCCGACCUAAGUUUACCUCAAGGCCGGCUCGGAGCGUAUCUACCCCUAACGAUCCGGACCCUUAAAAAUUUGUUUCUAACGUCCCAGCCCCCAACCGGACCUAGUGGGUGUCUGACCACAAAAAAAAAUUCCGAAACCCCCCAGACAGAAAUUACCCUGCCCAAACUGUCCAAUAUAAUAUACCUCAAAGUUAGGCUCACCCAAUCUGCAUUAUAACUGCGCCUAUUUUCAGUAUGUUUUCGGACCAUCCCCAGUACAAGGACAUUUGGCCGCAGUUCAGGCCGAUUCCGGACAGUUCGUUGAUGAACUCGGACGUGUUGCGGAAGCAUGCGCACACCUACAUGGGCGGUUUGAAGCGGAUUAUCGACUCGACGGACCAGGAAAAGUUGGAAAAGGAGUUGAGAAAGAUUGCCAGCUCGCAUGUUAAAUGGGGGAUUUACAAACAUCACGUAAUUGUAAGCUGUUCUUUCGCCGUUAAUUUUGAAUUUAGGGGAAAAUAGAGGUGUAGUGUGACUCAAAAUGAUAUUUUUAAUGCCAUUUUCAAAUCAACACCCAAUAGCUUAAAUUCAAAAGAUGUACCAGUAUCAGUUAAACCCAAUCCAAGCCAAAAUUUUAAUUCUUUAUAUGCCAAAUCUUAAAAACUAUAGCAUAAACUACCCUCUAUUGCUUAUGAAUCCUCUUUUCAGAACAUGUUGCCAUGUCUUUUGGCCGUUCUGGCCCAGUAUACCGAACUGACGGACGAAAUCAAAGAGUCCUGGACUACGCUUUUCGAUGUAAUCGCUAACCUAAUCGACAUCUUCAGACACUAA